AUGGCCCCACAAAACGCCCUAGCCGAUUGGCAGCACAAAGUCGCCCAAAAGCAACAAGAAUGUCUGCAAAAGAUUCCUGCUGAAUGGAAGAUCCCCGAAAGCCUCCUCUCUUCCCUACGGCUACCACUAGCCGAGAACAAAAAUGACCUGAUUCAAGGUGAUGCUGUCCGCAAAUCCGGUAUCCUAAGCGAGCGAGAACUGCAAAUUACAGAGCAAUACACGGCGUCUGGCCUUUUGUCGGCAUUGGCAGAGGGAAGACUGACCUCGCUCGAAGUGACAUUGGCAUUUUCCAAGCGAGCUGCAGUGGCGCAGCAAUUGGUAAACUGUCUCACGGAGACUAUGUUCCCCGAAGCCCAAGAGCGAGCCAAGUAUCUAGAUGACCUCAAGGCGCAGGGAAAAUCCGCGGGACCAUUGCAUGGCCUCCCGAUCAGCAUCAAGGACCUUUUCCACGUCAAGGGAACGCAUGCGUCUAUUGGAAUGAUUUCCUUUUUGGACGAGAGAUCGACCGACAACUCGCCUUUGGUUGAUAUUCUGCUAAGCCUAGGAGCCGUUAUCUAUGUCAAGACGAAUAUUCCUCAAACGAUGAUGACUGCUGACUCGCACAAUAAUGUCUUUGGUCGUACCCUGAAUCCCCACAACACUCUCUUAGGACCCGGUGGAUCCAGCGGAGGUGAAGGCGCUCUCAUCGCCAUGAGAGGUUCCUCCCUAGGCGUCGGAACCGAUAUUGGAGGAUCAAUCCGUAUUCCCGCUCUAUGCUGCGGCACGUACGGCUUCCGGCCCAGUGCGUCUCGUAUCCCAAACGGCGGCGGGCGCAGUUGUAGCACCCCUGGCAUGAAGUUCAUCCUGUCCUGUGCAGGGCCACUAGCUCUGGAUAUGGAUGCAAUUGAGGUCUUUCUGAAGACUGUCAUAGAUGCGAGACCCGGUCUGUACGAUUCCUCGGUCAUCGAUGUGCCCUGGAGAAAGGCGACUGUCAGACAUCCCCUGAGAAUUGGCGUCGUACCCCCAGACUCUAUCUUCCCUUUGCACCCACCAGUGCGAAGAACCUUGGCGGAGGCAGCCAGUUUACUGAAAGCGCAAGGUCAUCAAAUCAUAGAGCUGUCGGCCGAGGAAUGUAAGGUAAUGGAGAUCAACGAAGUCGCAUGGAAUAUCUUUACUCUCGACAGUGGAGCUAUGGAGCACUUACAGGCGGCCGGUGAGCCACCUGUGCCUGCUCUCGUUCACAUCCAGCGCCAGGUGGAGAUACUCAAGCAGGCAGGGAAAACUUCUCUCCCUGAUUUCAGCCAUCUAGACCGGCUCGGGAAACUCGCUGCUCUCAACGCCAAAAGAGCCGAUCUCCGAGAGACCUGGAGGAAGAUGUGGAACAGCCACGAUCUGGAUAUUUGUCUCGCGCCACCGGCUCAAAACACGGCUGUUCCGCAUGAUAUGUUUGGACUCGCACCGUACACGACUUUCCUAAACUGUCUUGAUUAUCCUUCGUGCAUCAUUCCUUUCGGGCAGGUCAACGAGAUGGAUGCUCAAGAGGCGUUUGAGCUUGCUCCGGGCCAGGCUGGACCGACUUACAGCUUCGCGCAGCUGGAAGGCGCACCAUGUUCUAUUCAGGUCUUCACUACCACGAUGAGAGAUGAAGAAUGUUUGGAAAUGGCAAAGAUGAUAGACAAGUGUCUGAAAAGCAAGGCAUAG